GUGGUAUGUGUAUUGCUUUUUAAAGGGUGAUUUCCUUUCAGUUUUAACCAUACCACUGUGUCUGCAAGCAGUUUGUACCCGGUUUGUCAGCAGAGCAGCUUUCAUGGUGAUGGGUUAGACGUGCACCUUCAUCUCUGAAAAAGACAUGCUCGAUAAACUAGCUCAGUUUUAAGAUGUUUUUCUUAGAGGAUGACAGUGAAGAAGAGAAGAAGGUUCCUGAAGGCUCAUUAAGUAAAACCCAAGGUGUUUAUCGUGGAAAGGCUCCUUCUGGUAUCCUGUUUCAAACCAUGAAUUAUGUGGGCCAGCUCGCCGGGCACGUGAUUGUCACUAUGAAGGAGCUCUACAAGGGCAUCAACCCAGCCACCUUGUCAGGGUGCAUCGACGUUAUUGUGGUCCGGCAGCAGGAUGGCACCUAUCAGUGUUCACCUUUUCACGUUCGUUUUGGGAAGCUGGGAGUCCUGAGAUCUAAGGAGAAAGUGAUUGACAUAGAAAUCAAUGGUGAUGCAGUGGAUCUUCACAUGAAAUUAGGUGACAAUGGAGAAGCUUUCUUUGUGGAGGAGACUGAAGAGGAGUAUGAAAAACUUCCCGCUUACCUUGCCACCUCACCAAUUCCUACUGAAGAUCAGUUCUUUAAGGAAAUUCAUAUGCCCUUGAUGAAAUCAGCUGGAAAUGGGCCAUCUCAGAGUCCAGACAGCUCACACAUCUUAGAAACGGAGACAGUUUUCACUCAAGGUACUGUGAAAAAGAAAAAACGAAGGAGAAAGAAAUGCAAGCAAGACAGUAAGAAGGAAGAUCAAGCCUCUUUUCCUGCUGCAGAAGACGCAUUUGAUGUGGACUUAAGCUCUGACGAUGAAAAGGGAGCCCUGUCAGCAAGAGGAUCUUCAAAUGCUUCCUUAAAGGAAGAAGACUACAAGGAGCCUUUGAGCUUCCAUUCUGGGGAUCACUACCCCUUAUCUGAUGGAGAUUGGUCUCCUUUGGACAACACGUAUUCCCAGGCAGCAUGUCCUAAGAGCGAUUCGGAGCUGGAGGUGAAACCCACCGAGAGCCUGCUCAGAUCAGAGUCUCACAUGGAGUGGACGUGGGGCGGGUUCCCAGAGUCCACCAAGGUCAGCAAGAGAGAGCGACCUGACCAUCAUCCCAGAAGAGCUACUAUUACACCGUCAGAAAAGACCCAUUUUCGGGUAAUUCCCAGUGAUGAGAACCUCGUAAGUGAAGCUGAAGAGGAUGCUUCCAUUGAAGACACAGUCUGUACCAUAGUGAAGCCCAAACCCAGAGCUCCUUGUAAGCCCUUGAGUGAUGCAACUUGUGCUGCAGAACUUCUCGAACCUCCCCUUGAGACUCCACAGAUUUCAUCUAUGUUAGAUGCAGAUCACCUUCUAGUGCCAUCAUUAGUAGAGGCUUCAUCAGAAUCAAAACCAGCACCUAAAGUAGACUCACCAUCAAAGAAGAAAGGUGUCCACAAGAGAAGCCAGCAUCAGGGACCUGAUGAUAUUUAUCUGGAUGACUUAAAGGCUCUGGAACCUGAAGUUGCAGCUCUCUAUUUCCCUAAAAGUGAAUCUGAGCCUGGCUCCCGGCAGUGGCCCGAGUCGGACACACUCUCCGGCUCCCAGUCCCCACAGUCGGUGGGAAGUGCAGCUGCGGACAGUGGCACCGAAUGCCUCUCGGAUUCUGCCAUGGACUUGCCCGAUGUCACCCUCUCGCUCUGUGGAGGCCUCAGUGAGAAUGGAGAAAUUUCUAAAGAAAAAUUCAUGGAGCAUAUCAUUACUUAUCAUGAAUUUGCAGAAAACCCUGGACUUAUAGACAAUCCUAAUCUUGUAAUACGGAUCUAUAACCGUUAUUACAACUGGGCUUUGGCUGCUCCCAUGAUCCUUAGCUUGCAAGUAUUCCAGAAGAGUUUGCCUAAGGCAACAGUCGAGUCCUGGGUCAAAGAUAAGAUGCCAAAGAAAUCUGGUCGAUGGUGGUUUUGGCGUAAGAGAGAAAGCAUGGCCAAACAGCUGCCAGAGGCAAAGCAGGGAAAAUCUGAGCUGCCGCAGACCAGUGACCUGCCGUCAAGCACAGAGGAGCCAGCCAGUGCCAGGCCUACUGAGGGCAACUCAUCGAGUGAUGAGGGCUCACAGGAGUGUGAAGAGUCGAUCCGCGCGGACCCUGUCCCAGGGGAGCACCUGAGCCACACCGGCACCACCUCAUAUAAGAAGUCUCUGAGGCUCUCCUCAGACCAGAUUGCAAAAUUGAAGCUCCAGGAUGGCCCUAAUGAUGUUGUAUUUAGUAUCACAACCCAGUAUCAAGGUACCUGCCGCUGUGCAGGGACCAUUUACCUGUGGGACUGGGACGACAAGAUCAUCAUUUCUGAUAUCGACGGAACAAUAACCAAGUCUGAUGCUUUAGGGCAGAUUCUCCCACAGCUGGGUAAAGACUGGACUCAUCAGGGUAUAGCGAAGCUCUACCAUUCCAUCAAUGAGAAUGGCUACAAGUUUCUGUACUGUUCUGCCCGCGCCAUUGGCAUGGCUGACAUGACCCGUGGAUACCUCCACUGGGUCAAUGACAAAGGCACAAUCUUGCCACGGGGCCCUCUGAUGCUGUCCCCCAGCAGCUUAUUCUCUGCCUUCCACAGGGAAGUGAUAGAAAAGAAACCAGAGAAGUUCAAAAUUGAGUGUCUAAAUGAUAUCAGGAAUUUAUUUGCACCAUCUAAGCAGCCAUUCUAUGCUGCCUUUGGAAACCGUCCCAAUGAUGUCUAUGCUUACACCCAAGUUGGAGUUCCAGACUGUAGAAUAUUCACCGUGAACCCUAAGGGUGAAUUAAUACAAGAAAGGACCAAAGGAAACAAGUCAUCGUAUCACAGACUGAGUGAGCUCGUGGAACAUGUGUUUCCACUUCUCAAUAAAGAACAGAAUUCUGCCUUUCCAUGCCCAGAGUUCAGCUCUUUUUGCUACUGGCGAGCCCCCAUCCCUGAUGUGAACCUGGAUGACCUGGCCUGAGGGGAUGCCUCCCAGGAGUGGGGAGGGCUUCAGUGACGCGGCCUCACAAGACAGAAACACAACUGGCCCUUCUGCUGGGAAGAGGACAUCGGGCUAACCUCAGGGCCACAAGUGCUGAGAAGAUACAAGCUUUCUGUGAGCCCAAGCUCUCCGAGGCAGGGAGAGGCGUUGCUCCCUGGGGCUGGAGUUGCCAUCCUUCUUCACUGUCUCAGGUUGGCUUCUCGGGCUUGAUGGUGUCCAGAGCUCGGUGCCCUGAAGGUGAGGAGAAGGCUCUCUUACCUGUAUCGAUCAUCACACGAGCUUUGGGUCCAGUUGUGUGCUGGCUUCUUCUUUAAUUGCACGAUUUUAAAGGAAGAAGACAGAAGCUAAAGAAGAGUAGACGUGACAAAACAUUAACAGAGUGCAGUGUUUUUCCCCUGGGCAGUCAAGAUUCCAUUUGUCCGUAACAGGGGUUUUCACUGAGGAACAGAGUCCACUGAACCUCCACAGGUCCAGUUAAUGUGCUGCUUCUCACCAUCUGUGCGCAUUCCUUCUCUGGACGGCCUCUUUCCUGCUACACUAAUAACAGGACAGCUGCUUUCAUGUGCUGACUGGGGCUCCUGCACCAGAGCUUCCUAACUGAGACCUGACUGAGUAUUGCCUCUAGCUGAGAGUCCUCUCCCAGAUCACAUGAGGCCCCUACAACUGUGGUUCCUAAUGUGAAACGAUAUGGGCUUCAGGGGAAGAAAAUCACCUCAGAUCAUAGCUUCUUAUCUGUGGCUCCUCUAUGACAGGAGACAAUUAAGCUAUUUCUUAGACCUAGCCAGCAGAAACAGGCUUUGCAGUAUAAAUUUGAUGUCUGCAAUAGAAGUCUUAUUAGGGGGAGUCACAUGUAAAAAAGAUAUCUGUUUCAGGGGGUCCUUGGAAAUGCAGACAGGCAGUUGUAUUUGCUCCUGGGAAGAGUCCUUUUCUCUAGCCCUCUGCCUUUUCCUGGUGGAGGUGGGCUUUCUGAAAUUGCGUUUAAAUUUGUCAGGAGAACACAGUGAAGCUCACUGGCCAACUGGCCAACAGCAUUGGGCUUUGGCACCACAGCCACUUGAGCCACUGGCAUUCCCAUCACAGGCAGGGACGGUAACAGUGGAAAGUGCAGGGUCUGCCAUGAGAGGCCUUUCGUGGGGACGCUGUGUAUUUUCAGUAUAAAGUAAAGAGCUCAAUUUACAGACCUGGUUGCACUGAGCUCAUGUCAGCUGCCAGAGCCGAUAGCACCAGGGCGGGCUGUGUGCCAUGAGCCCAUCCCUAGGUGGAACCUGGCAAGAUCAGGAUGGCUGUUGACAAUCACCUCAGUAUUAAAAUCAGGACAACUGUCAGAGAAGAGGCUCUGGGGAGACUGAAAAUGACUAACGUUUGUAGUUGUCCAUCAGUGCGAGAGCAGAAGCCAAGAUUCUCGGAGUCCAGGGGGGCAGGUGCAGGUGUGAUGUUCUCAGGAUGGUUUCACUUCUGGCUCUUUCACCCAAAAUAAUAGUAAUCUAGAGAUGGAGAAAUAGGGUGGCAUUUUUCCAGAUUGGAGAGUUGAAAUAUCCUGACAUUUCAGCCAUUUUUCUGUAGUGUUGUUGGAUGCGGACGAUUUUGAAGUCUCUUGAAUGCAGUUCUCAGUGGCAAAACCCGAAGGCACAUGUUCCCAGAGAAGAAAUGACACAUGCUUUCUCCAGUUCAAACCUUCUCACCUUAAAUAUUUCAGGACUAAUGGUUUAAUGAGUUGAUUCAAGUCUUUAUGUACAGUUGACUAGGGAAGUUAGGUUAUGUUUAUAUGAAGUUCUACCUAAGUAGUGAAGUAAAAUCCUAGUAGAGCAGAUAUGCAGUUACUUUAUUUCAUAAAUGCCCUUAGCAUGGCCUCACUUAAGCCUUUGGUUUAGAGGUAGAAUGUGAGCUUUAUGCACUUAGCUGGCGCUUAGUAAGGUUUUUUCCUUUGCAUUUAUGCGGUACGUAAAAUCUUAAUAUACACCUUCUUUAGUCCUUUUUAGGUUGUCCUUUAAAAAAGUUUUUGACUAGGUAAUUUCUUCCUUUUCUUGAUUUUGACAAGCUCUUCUCUUUGGACAAAUAGGCCUUAGAGAAUUCAGCCUGGUUAAGGGUGGCUUGGUCCCCUUGUCCCAGUGUCCACAGCAAUAGCCUUUGUCUCUGCAGAUUGAUCCAGUGGGUAUAUAUGCUAAUUACCGUGAGUCUUUUUCCUUAUUUAAAGGAGCCCCUCUUACUGAACAUAGAUGAAUUAUAGUGUUAUGAAAGUAUUAAGUUUGUGCUAAAAAUCCAUUGCCAUUUGGUACAAAUGAUAUUUGUUCUUUCCGUGAAAGAGAGAUGCCCUUGAGUGUGUUUGUACACAGACCCAUCAGGUGGUGAGUUGACAAAGCAGCAUCACCCCUAUGUUGUUUUCAGUGAUGGGAGAUAUCACGGGGAGGUGCAGGGCAGGUUGGGCUCUUCUAAGUCAUUUAUCAGUGGCUCCAUUGACUAAAUGGCCCCUUCCCCUCUUUUCAGUUCAGUCUGACUGUAGUAUUUGCUUUUAUGUCCAUGUGUUUGUUAAAGUUUGUACUUCUGUGAAAGGUAGACAUCUGCCUCGUCUUCUGCUUUAGGAAGUACACGUGGGCAUGCUAACUCAGCCCCAUGUUUGAGUACGGUGUUUUGCUGUGCUUAUUAAUAAUAAAAGCAUCUGCAUCGUUUUCAACUGGAAAAAGAAAAUUAUUUACCAGUAUGAUGUCCUAAAAUGAAAGCUGCUAAAAAUUAUAGGGAGUGUUUUUCAGUCUGGGUGUCCACCCUGACUCUGUUGUCAGGACACUGAGUAGCAGCAGCUAACCAGGUGCCUGGGAAGUACCUCUGCCUUGAGAAUGCCACUUGCCUGUGAAACCUGCACACAGCUGUGCUGCAGUUGGUUCUUGAAGGUACGGCGUAAGCGCUUCUCUCCUUGAAAGUUGGCAAAUACAAGGUCUUCAGGGAACUUGACCCGCUUUUCAAGUCUCACAUUUCUCUGAGAAGCCUUGUUGUCCCAUGGCUUAGAGCUUCUGGGUUUAAUGAAACUGAUUAAAGUAAAUGUGCUUUCCAGGUGAGAACUACUUUUUUGGUUUGUUUUGAAGGUAAAAAAUAAGAGAGGAAACUUUGCUCAUUCAAUUUAAUAAUUAAAUCCAGUCUAUGAUGUAUUUGAUUAUUAGACAGUAAUGCCACUAAUAUUGAGUUGUCAGAAAUUCAGUACAGUACUCUUAGUUAUGGUCAAGACAAUUGUCUUGAGAUAAAUGACUCAUAUUUUGGUGCAAUGUUUGAUGUUCAAAGAAAGAUGUUACGAAAAUAAACAAAUGUAAACCAAA